UAAACAACUGUGUGGCGGAUGCUUGAAACCAGUGGAGGAGAAGGAGAAUGGGAGAUCUCUACGCUUUGGACUUCGAUGGAGUCCUCUGCGAUAGCUGUGGAGAGAGCUCUCUUUCUGCUGUUAAGGCUGCGAGAGUGAGAUGGCCUGGUUUGUUCGUGGGAGUUGACUCAGCUCUAGAGGAAUGGAUCGUUGAUCAGAUGCAUAUCGUGAGACCUGUGGUGGAAACUGGCUAUGAGAAUCUUCUACUUGUUCGCCUACUGUUGGAGACGAAGAUGCCCUAUAUUCGAAAAUCUUCAGUAGCAGAGGGGUUGACUGUUGAUGGGAUAUUGGAGAGCUGGGGAAAGAUUAAGCCUGUUAUCAUGGAAGCUUGGGAUGAAGAUGAUAAAGAUGCUUUGAUCGAUUUGUUUGGGAAAGUUAGAGAUGAUUGGAUUAACAAUGACUUGACCACUUGGAUUGGUGCCAAUAGAUUCUAUCCAGGAGUAUCAGAUGCACUGAAGUUUGCCAGCUCAAAGAUUUACAUUGUUACCACCAAACAGGGACGGUUUGCAGAAGCGUUGCUGCGUGAAAUAGCAGGUGUAAUCAUACCACCGGAAAGGAUUUACGCUUUGGGUUCAGGGCCAAAGGUGGAAGUGCUAAAGCUACUUCAGAAUAAACCAGAACACCAGGGCUUGAAGCUGCAUUUCGUGGAAGACAGACUUGCAACGCUGAAGAAUGUCAUCAAAGAGCCUGAACUAGACAAAUGGAAUCUAUACCUAAGUAACUGGGGCUACAACACAGAGAAAGAGAGAGCAGAAGCUGAAAGCAUUUCAAGAAUUCAGGUUAUCGAGCUUUCCACGUUUAGCAGUAAGCUUAAAUGAGUUGUAUACUCAUCAGAAAGAAGCUUCCCUUUUCAUUGUUACUCUACGAACCAAACAUGUCAAAGAUAUUGUAGCUAAGAUUCAGCUAGCAGAGAUAAAACUUUCAAUCUCAUAACUCAUCCUUGGUAACAUCA